GGAAAUCGGGUGUGUGGAGCUGUCUGCUUACGGAUGUAUAUAUAGUACCUAGCACUGAAACAGGAAACCAGUUCAAAUGGUCGUAGUGAGUGGUGAACACCACUAGUGCAGUACGAACAAUGGAUCGCUAUCUACUGUCAUGCUUGUUGCUCGUGUGUAUGGUGCUGGCCUACCCUUCGGAGAUAGCGGCUCAAAGGUCACGCGUCUGUUUCGCUCAGUCUGGCGACUACACCACUGCCACAUCGAUAGGCUUCUGCUCGCAUGCAGUCUACAUUGCACUGAACCCGACCUCUAAAGCCUUUGUGGGGAUACUAAACCCUGCCAACGAUGCAGAUGAUCUGCUAGGCGGUAUCAGAAAGUUCGCUAAUCUCAAAAAGACAUACCCCUACGUGGACUUGUACAUGGGCGUGUUGGGAAGUAUUUCUGCGGGAAACAUUCUGUGGCUGAAUCAGCAAGCAUCGCGUAAAACGUUUAUCGAUCUGCUUAUUACAAAGAUGGCAUCGUAUCCUGAAAUGAGCGGCGUCUACUUGGAUUUCGAUGGGCUCACCAAUUUGUACCAGAAUUGGUAUGCUCUGUUCGUUGCUGAGUUAAAUACGGCUCUUACCGCUAAGAACCUGAAGCUUAUUACCGCCUUACCGUGGGAUGCAAGUGCGAGUGGCGAUAUUUACUACAGCUCAACCCUCUCCACUCUGCCGUUCAACGUGAUCAAAACGCACGAGGAAAUGUACUCAGCGGUCGCUACCACUACCACGCGCCCGAUCAGCCCGCUGUUUUCACUGGCCGCACCGUUUAACGACGAAACGAAAACAAUCUAUAACAAUGUGUUUCGGUGGGUGUUGAAGGGAUUUUUGACAACCCAGCUCGUUGUUAGCUUGCCUAUGUACAGUUUGAAAUUUACUACAUCAGGUGGAUCACAAUUUGGUUCUGCUAUGACCGCUGUUACAAAGGAUACAUAUUGUAACGCUUUGUUAUUUGGAUCGAAAAAUACUCUUGGAGCGCCCCAAGCCGGGGAAGGCUUUGCCUACAGCACAUCCACGUUUUACACUUACAACACUCCCGCAUCUCUUGUCGAUAAGCUACAGUUUGUUAUAGCAACCAACAUGGGCGGUGUAGGCGUAUAUUCGCUAGAUCAAGCUGGUAGCCAAAAUGCUGAAAUGCUUCGUCAGGUGACAAGCGUUCUAGCACCAACACCACCCGCCUCAGUAUCAUACCCUCCAGUAGGAGAUGCGAUGUGUGGUGUUCCGGUUACGUUUCCAGCACCGCUAACAACGACAACAGUUGCAACGACUACUGCUGCAGUCACCACUACUGCUGCAGCCACCACUACUGCUGCAGCCACCACUACUGCUGCAGCCACCACUACUGCUGCAGCCACCACUACUGCUGCAGCCACCACUACUGCUGCAGCCACCACUACUGCUGCAGCCACCACUACUGCUGCAGCUGCAAGUACCACUGCUGCUGCAGGAAGUACCACUGCUGCAGGAGGAAGUACCACUGCUGCUGGAGGUAGUACCACUGCUACAGGAGGAAGCACAACUGCUGCUGGCGGUAGUACCACUGUUGCUGGCGGUAGUACCACUGCUGCUGGCGGUAGUACCACUGCUGCUGGCGGUAGUACCACUGCUGCUGGAGGAAGCACAACUGCUGCUGGCGGUAGUACUACUGCUGCUGGAGGUAGUACCACUGCUGCUGGAGGAAGCACCACUGUUGCAGGAGGAAGCACAACUGUUGCAGGAGGAAGUACAACUGCUGCAGGAGGAAGCACAACUGCUGCUGGAGGAAGUACUAUUGCUGCUGGAGGAAGUACUACUGCUGCAGGAGGAAGCACAACUGCUGCAGGAGGAAGCACAACUGCUGCUGGCGGUAGUACCACUGCUGCAGGAGGUAGUACCACUGCUGCUGGAGGAAGUACUACUGCUGCAGGAGGAAGCACAACUGCUGCUGGAGGUAGUACCACUGCUGCAGGAGGAAGCACAACUGCUGCAGGAGGAAGCAUAACUGCUGCUGGAGGAAGCACAACUGCUGCUGGAGGAAGCACAACAGCUGCAGGAGGUAGUACUACUGCUGCAGGAGGAAGUACAACUGCUGCAGGAGGUAGUACCACUGCUGCUGGCGGUAGUACCACUGCAGCUGGAGGAAGUACUACUGUUGCAGGAGGAAGCACAACUGCUGCUGGAGGUAGUACCACUGCUGCAGGAGGAAGCACAACUGCUGCAGGAGGAAGCACAACUGCUGCAGGAGGUAGUACCACUGCUGCAGGAGGUAGUACUACUACUGCAGGAGGAAGUACAACUGCUGCAGGAGGUAGUACCACUGCUGCUGGCGGUAGUACCACUGCAGCUGGAGGAAGCACAACUGCUGCAGGAGGAAGCACAACUGCUGCAGGAGGAAGUACAACAGCAGCAGGAGGUAGUACAACUGCUGCAGGAGGUAGUACCACUGCGGCAGGAGGAAGUACCACUGCUGCAGGAGGAAGUACUACUGCUGCAGGAGGAAGCACAACUGCUGCUGGAGGUAGUACCACUGCUGCAGGAGGAAGUACCACUGCUGCUGGAGGAAGUACCACUGCUGCAGGAGGAAGUACAACUGCUGCAGGAGGUAGUACCACUGCUGCAGGAGGAAGUACCACUGCUGCAGGAGGAAGUACCACUGCUGCAGGAGGUAGUACAACAGCUGCUGGUGGUAGCACCACUGCUGCUGGAGGAAGCACUACUCCAUCAAACUCAGCAUCGUCAACUACGCCAUCAACCGGUGCAUCAUCAACCACGCCUUCCACGGCAGGUACAACGAUCGCUGCAUCGCCUGCUACCUGCAAUAUUACGGUGAAGGAAGAUUACGGAACUCUGGUCGCGGAAUACUGUACGAACUUAAAGGCGAUUGCAUCGUACAUGCAAGGAGCUACCUGUGGUGUAGUGGCUUAACUCAAACCGUUCUACCAGUGAGUUGAAGCAAUGGUUUUAGAGAGUUAGGUCUGGCGGAAACGACCAGCUUUGAUAGAUCGUGGCUUCUUGUUGUGUGUAAACAACUUUUAGGUGGUGUUCAUACCUAAGUGGAAUGCCGCAGGUGGCAGAAGCCAGUGUUGGGAUUUGUUGAGGGUAUUAUGUUCUAAGUAAAAUAAAUUCAAUUAAUCUAA